GAUGUGUAUUUAAAAUUGAAAGAUCUUGAAUUUUCUAGAGGGAAGAAGAACCAUAAGAAACGGUUGAUGAACAGAAGUGACAAAAUUUGUUGGAAUAGAUUAUCUUCUUUUUUUGAGUUGCCAUACUGGAAGGAUCUUCAUGUUAGACAUUGUUUAGAUGUGAUGCACAUUGAAAAAAAUGUUUGCAUGAAUAUCUUAGGUACAUUUCUUGAUAUUCCUGGAAAAAGUAAGGAUGGAUUGAAUGCUAGACGCGAUUUAGUUGAUCUAAAACUUCGACCAGAGCUUGCCCCUAUCAGAAUAUGUUACUCCUACCAAUUACUUUCAUUAUGUAAAAAAGACAUCUAAACGUGAGGAUGAGAUUAUACUUGAGAAUAAAGAACUUCGAAGGCGUGUAAGCGAAUUAGAAGCACAUAACCACUCAAACUUGUCUAGACCAUUAUCUGGACAUGGUAGCUGUUCGAAGCCAAAUAUCUUAGAAGAGAGUGACUCGAUGAAAAUAAUCAAAGGGAAGAGUAAGUUGAUGGAUAAAAUCGAAGGGAAAGAGGUGGAGGAGAUCAAUGUAAAUGACGACAAAGUAGAGUUGGACAUCUUUAAGGAGAGAGCCUUAAUAAAAAUGACUAAGGAAAAAGAGGUUGUCUGUGAAUCGACGUCAGUUUUGCCAAUGGGAAUGAAGUUGAUUCUCAUAUACGUUGAGAAGAUAAUGGAGAAAGAUUCUAGUAUCACUAUUCCACUACCUGUUGGCAUUUUUGGUAUUAGUCGAAAGACUUCUGUUCUCCGAGAGGACAUCAUUGAUCUUUGUAACAUGAAUGAGGUCAAAACAUUUACAUUGGUGGCCUAUAUGACGUACUUGUAUUCAUCUGUUCUUGGUUCGAAGGAAACUAUACAGUAUGUCUUUGUAGAUCCAUCCCUCACCUCUGUCGGACACUCGCAAGAAUCUCGAGUUCGACACUUAUGCAGUAGAUUGAUGGUCUCAAAGAUUAACGAAAUAGUUCUUGCUCCUUUUAAUCCUGGGGGUCAUUGGGCACUGCUGGCCAUAAAUGCAUAUGAUGAUAUAGUAUUUUACCUCGACUCACUAAGGACAACAUCGAAGUCAACUAUAAGAUACGUCACCGACACAGCAAUAGCGAUGUUUCAGUCACAAAAGAACAUUAAAAAAAGUAGAAAACAAACUUUAUGGCUAACAGUAAAGUGUCCACUGCAAGUCGGAAGUAUUGAGUGUGGAUACUAUGUGAUGAGGUAUAUGAGAGAAAUUGUGACUAGGGGAAGCAUUGUCAUAUCCGAUGCGAUCAUACUCACAGGCAGAACUACACGAGGUGCGAGUUGAGUUAGCUGACUUUUUGGGUUCUUACAUAUGAUUAUGACCAAUAUUUUGUGAUUCUGAAGUAGGAAAUUUUUUGUUGUGUCGCUUCUUUAUGACCCUAAACUUUAUGUAUAGAAACUUUAGCCGAUAAUUCUUUUGAAUUGUUCAUAUGGAGGAAGGGGGAAGGGGGGGUUCAUUCGUAUAUAUUUUUUAUUAUUGUUAUAGCUAGCAUGUUUUGUGACUUUUUAAGUUGAUUUGGAUUCAUGGCAAUGUAAUGCCAUAUGAAAUCUAAUGUAAAGCCUAUUUCAUUAUGUAUAUGUAAAGUCUUGGAAUUGAAUAUAUAUGGUGAAUGGUUUUAUUUAUAUA